AUGCAGGGUUUGGGACGUAAUGGACCACGUUCCAAGAGUGGUUGUAGUACCUGCCGCCGUCGCAAGGUCAAGUGCGGUGAAGAGAAACCAGUUUGCGCAAGAUGUUCAUCCCUUCGCCUCAAUUGCGAAUGGGGUGUCCCAGUGAAGCGUGGGCGAAGCACGCAAAUCCGACAACUUGAACCUGCACCGGGAACCUCCGAACAGCCUAAAGCCGAGGACCUUACCGGGUAUCAGCCAGGUGCCCUUUUCACAAGUCUCUCACCGGUCUCUUGGGAAUCUGACGCUCUUUCCUUUGACACAUUCAAUCCGGCACCAAUUCCGACCCCCAUAUACCCUUCUUUGAACGUCAAUGUCGCGUGCGCCAAUUCGUUGACACUCACGUCUCUUGAUCGGCAAUACUUCCAGUAUUUCCCUUCUUCCUCGCUCGUAUUUUACUACAUGAAGAGAUGGAGGUGGAGCAGCUUAUGCCAUCUUUACGAAGGGCCAGCUGCAUCUAAUAGAGUCAUUAUGCGGAUGAUACUAGCGUUAAGCGCAUGUGAUAUGCAUCGCAAUGGGCUGAUUGUGCGCUCUCGGGAUCAUGGCCGGUAUCAUUACAGCCAAGCGGUCAAAGAAUUUAGGCAAUUGCUCGAGACGCCGCGCCAGGUUUCCUUGGAUGAUGUCGAGACCGUUUUUGCCACUGUAUUUUUGAUGAUAGCUUGGGAGUGGCAGUUUGGACACUCAGUACGCCAUCUUCAACUCCACCUGCAGGGCGUACGCUCACUUUUGGAAACGCACCCGCAACUAUUCCGCAUCAAAGAUGUGAAUGAUAUGUUCUCCCCUCCCGGAUCCAAUACAUUGACUAGUGGCACCGUGACCAUGGCCAAGGUCUCGUUCAUUCCGGAGCAGCUUUUGUUGUGGAUUCUAUAUAUCGAUGCUAGCUGUCGUCCCAUUGGUCUUACGGAGUCACUCAACGAUUAUGUGGCCCAGUCUGGGAAUCCCGCUUUACAACCGGACCAUCUUCAUCGCUGUGCUCGUCUCUGGGGCCGAUGCUUUUGGGGCGAGCAGUAUCCCGAUGAGGAAGUUCUGGACGACAUUGAAAACUAUAGAGCUCUAGAGCUGUUGCAUGCGGGAUUCUGCCUACGCCAUCGAACUUGGAAUGUCCUCAUCAAAUCCGCGGCUGGUACCGCCGAGUCCGCAGAACCCCUUUCCCGGGAGAUCCUUAACACUAGAGAAAAAUUCUCCGACCUUUUCAUCACCGCAAGAUUUGCCGGUAGUGUUUCCGCUCGACGUACGCUCAAUACCAUAUACAUGGCCGUUUCUACCUUUUACGGCCAGGUUCUCCUCCACCGUCGGCUUCUCUGCGUCGAUGCUUUGCCCCUAAGAAUUCACCAUCAAGCCACGACAGGAAUCAUUGAUAUUUGUCAAAAACAGUUUUGGUCUGAUCCGAAGCUCCUUAGGCGUUUACACUGGCCGCUGUUGAUGGCAGUGAUUGAAACCAAUGAUAUAACACAUCAAAGGUGGCUACGUCAUCGUCUAUGGGAACUGCGUGAAUUUCAUUCCGAGUUUGUUUGGGCGCAUGAUGUGGCCGAGCAGAUCCUAGCCCAACAAGACGUAAGCCAGGGACGAUAUGUCAAUCUAGCCGAACUUUUACUAAAGCGUUUUCAUGCGCAGUGA